AUGAGAAAGGUGGGACGAUGCUUGAAGUGGCGGAGCUUGUGGAACAAUGCGGAACUGAGUUCUGCUGGGAAGUUGGGGGAGGAGGAGGAAGAGGCAGCUGCGGUUGUAGGUCAAGGUGCUGCUGCAGGCGGUGGAGCAACUGCUGGAGCUGGAGGAGGAGGUGCCAGAGCUGCUGCUGGUGCUGCUGUUGCUGCGGUUGCUGCUGCUGCUGCUGCUGUUGCUGCGGAGGAGGAGGAGGAGGAGGAGGAGGAGGAGGAGGAGGAGGAGGAGGAGGAGGAGGAGGAGGAGGAGGAGGAGGAGGAGGAGGAGGAGGAGGCUGAGGUAGAGAGAAGGGUUGACUCGGGGCAUGGUGUGCGGUAUGUGCUGUCAGGUGUGCGGUAUGUGCUGUCAGGUGUGCGGUAUGUGCUGUCAGGUGUGCGGUAUGUGCUGUCAGAUGUGCUGUAUGCGCGUGCAGAUGUGUUGUAUGCCAGGGAGGUGGGCAGGGGGCGGACGAGGGGAGGGGGAUAG